AUGUCGCCUUAUAGGCUGGUGUUUGGCAAAAUGUGCCACUUGCCCGUGGGUAUAGAGAACAAGGCGUACUGGGCGGUCAAGGAGAUGAAUAUGAAGCCUUCGGCUUGUGAAGAGCAGAGGAAGCUACAGUUACAAGAGCUGGAGGAGUUACGGCUGGAGUCUUAUGAGUCUGCCAUGUGGUAUAAAGAAAGGACAAAGUUAUGGCAUGACAAGAAUCUCCGAGUCAAGGAACUCCAUGUGGGACAGAAGGUGCUCCUUUUCCAAUCCUGGCUCAAGCUGAUGCCAGGAAAGUUGAAAUCUAAAUGGAUCGGUCCAUAUACCAUUAUCGGCCUUCGGGCGAAUGGAGCAGAUCCAGGGAAGUGCCUCUAA